CCAGUAGACUGUGCCGACAUCCAGGCUCGUGGGAUGAAUGUCAGUGGUGUCUAUGCCAUAUACCCUGGGAAGCAUACCAAUGUUUAUUGUGACAUGGAGACCGAUAGGGGAGGUUGGACCGUUUUCCAACGUAGAAAUGAUGGUUCUGAGAAUUUCAACCGAAACUGGUCUGACUACAAGACUGGUUUUGGAAGUAUCUCUUCCGAGCACUGGCUAGGUAACGAUCUGAUUCAUCAACUAUCGAAUCAGAGGAACUACGAACUGCGGGUUGAUCUGGAAGACUUUGGAGAAAAUACUGCAUAUGCAAAUUAUGCCCUGUUUCGAAUCGACAAUGAAACACUUCGCUACAAACUGAGUGUCAGUGGCUUUUCGGGCAAUGCAGGCGACGGCCUUCAUAAUUAUCACAAUGGGCAGAUGUUUAGCACACCAGACUCCAAGAAUAACCUCGGGUAUAGUCUUGAUUGCGGACCCUCAUACGAAUCAGGUUGGUGGUUUAAGAAUUGCGCCAUAUCUAACCUCAACGGGAUAUAUCGACAUUACCAGGGUCGACAUAAUCGCUACGGUGUCUCAUGGCGCACUUGGAAAAAAUUACCUUACUCUUACAAGAUGAGCGAAAUGAAGAUUCGACCCAAAUUUGAAGAGCAAGAUCUCUAA